AUGGCCUCGAUAGCCCCCUCAAUGCACCGGGCACGCGCCCCUUUGCGCAAGGUGCUCUCUUCCUCGACCCCCUCAAUCCGCUGCAUGGCCACCGUCCCGCCCACCGCCAACCCAACGGAUAGCACCGCAUCGAAGCCCAGGCGGAAGACUUACUUCAAGGACACCACUGUUGCCCCCUUUGGCGAGUUCUUGUCUUCCAACCAGCCUCUUUCCGCAACCGAGGCCUACACGCUCAGAACCGCCGAAGUCGGCCCUGAAGGCAGAAAGAGGACUAUCACGCGACUUCCCGAGUGGCUGAAGACGCCUAUCCCCGCGGGCAAUGAUAAUUACAAGAAGAUUAAGAAGGAUCUGCGCGGCUUGAAGCUGAGCACUGUGUGUGAGGAGGCUCGAUGUCCCAACAUUUCCGAGUGUUGGGGUGGAUCCGACAAGAGCGCUGCUACCGCCACCAUCAUGUUGAUGGGCGAUACCUGCACGCGAGGCUGCCGAUUCUGCAGUGUCAAGACCAACCGGGCCCCUGCUCCGCUUGAUCCUCACGAACCCGAGCAUACCGCAGAAGCCCUGGCCCGUUGGGGUCUUGGGUAUGUCGUCUUGACCAGCGUGGACCGUGACGAUCUGCCUGACGGUGGUGCCAAUCACUUCGCCGAGACCAUCCGCAAAAUCAAGCAGAAGAAGCCGUCUCUCCUGGUUGAAGCCCUGACGGGUGAUUUCAGGGGCGAUCUGGACAUGGUUGCAAUUAUGGCUGAAAGUGGACUUGACGUCUACGCUCACAACAUGGAGACGGUCGAGGACCUUACUCCCUAUGUACGAGACAGGCGAGCUACGUUCCGGCAGAGUCUAAAUGUCCUGAAGCAUGUCAAGGAUGUUAAAGGCCAAGAAGGUAUCAUCACCAAGACCAGUCUGAUGCUUGGCCUGGGAGAACAGGAGCAUGAGGUUAUGGCUGCUCUCACUGAACUGAGAAAGGUCAAUGUUGACAUUGUCACGUUUGGACAGUACAUGCGACCCACUAAGAGGCACCUCAAGGUUGAAAAGUAUGUCACACCAGCCGAGUUUGACAUGUGGCACAAGCGCGCCAUGGAAAUGGGCUUCCUCUUCUGUGCAAGUGGACCUCUAGUCAGGUCCUCUUACAAGGCAGGCGAGGCCUUUAUUGAGAAUGUCCUUCGUAAGAGGGCUGGCAAGGCCCCUGUGGGAGGAGAGAGCCUCAAGAGCGCAGUCGCACUGGAUGCCGAGCGCCCCUCGUCUCUUUAG